UUCACCUCUUCAUACAGGUUUAUUGUUUUGGUCCAGCCGUUUCUCUUUUCACCCGAAUCGCGUCGCGGACGUUUGGGAAACCGUUGACUGUCGUUUUUCGUGGGCGCUGACAGACGAUGUCGAAUAGAAGACCCUCGUCACCGGGACGACAGCGUGUCUGCUGACGGAAAUCGUGUUCCCCUCCGCAGCUACUGUUUGCUCGCAGGCUAACGCUCGUCUCUGCAACAACAACAGCAGUAGUCGCGACAACACAACGGGAUGUUUACCCUGUCUGGAAAUCUCUGAAGCUUGGUUGCUGAGAAAAUAGAACUGGUUACCGCUAACCAGCUCACGACAUUUUCUGCGAGCUUUGGUCCUUCACAUUCUCCUGAUGGGUGAAGAGAAGCCAGACACGCUGGACUUUGUCAAGGACUUCCAGGAGUAUCUGAGCCAGCAGACUCAGCAUGUCAACAUGAUCUCAGGCUCCGUCAGUGGUGUGAAAGAAACAGAUGAAAUUCCUCCAGACUGCAGCCACAAUGGACUGGAUCAUCCACCCGUGGACAUGUCGCUGGAGGACAGCUCAGGAAUUCUGGUGGACGGUUUCGAGCGAACGUACGACGGCAAGCUCAAGUGUCGGUACUGCAACUACGCCACCAGAGGCACCGCGCGACUCAUCGAGCACAUCCGCAUCCACACAGGGGAAAAGCCUCACCGCUGCCACCUCUGUCCGUUUGCCUCGGCCUAUGAGCGCCACCUGGAGGCCCACAUGAGGUCGCACACAGGGGAGAAGCCGUACAAGUGUGAGCUCUGCUCCUUCCGCUGCAGCGACCGCAGCAACCUGUCGCACCAUCGCCGCAGACGCCACAAACUACUCCCGAUGAAAGGCGCACGCUCCCUGUCCCACAAGAAGAUGCUGAGUGCCCUGCAGAAAAAGGCGAGCUCGCUGGGCUUCGGCCGCCGCCUCCUCAUCAACUACAACACGCCCUCCCUGGUGGUGCACAAGCCUGAUGGGGUCAGCGGCAGCUACUCUCAUGAGCUCCCGCACCUGAAUCAGGAGAGCUACGAGAACCAGAGUCAGGGGAGCGAGGAGGGUCUCAGCAUAAGUCAGAAUCACCAGGACGUGGUCAUGGACAACCCCCUGAACCAGCUGUCUACGCUGGCAGGACAGUUGGCCAGCCUUCCCUCAGAGUCCCAGACCCAGACUCAGCCUCCGCUGUCUCCAGGCGCAGAGUCCAUCGUGGACGAGAAACCCUUCCUCAUCCAGCAGCCUUACCCCGCCACAGCCCCCGUCGCGGUCCCACCCAACAUGGCCCACCCGUCCUCUUCUUCACCGGUGCCCCCAGAGCCACGACCCCCUCCACACAGUAACUGCAGCCCAGGCGGGGGACCUUGUAGUGACCGCACCAGCACCCCCAGCAUCUCCAACAGCCAGCCUAGCACGCCCGUCCCCGGCAUGUCCGCCCCCAACCUGGACCCACAGGUGCUGCAGCAGUGUCAGCACUGCGACAUCUACUUCUCCGACAACAUCUUGUAUACCAUCCACAUGGGCUGCCACGGCUACGAGAACCCGUUCCAGUGCAACAUCUGCGGCCACAAGUGCAAGAGCAAGUACGACUUCGCCUGCCACUUUGCUCGCGGGCAGCACAAGUGAAACGGCGAGCUGGAGGACAGACAGCUGUGCUUUCAUUAACUCCAAAAUAGAUCUAUUUAUUGGUCCGUCGCUGGGCCACGAUGUAGCUUAGACGUUCAGGAAUAACUCCGCCCAUCAGGUGAUUCCGUGUGACUAAUUGUUGUCUGUGCAAUUGUUCGGUGACCAGUGUUUCUUCUCACCUGGGGGAGACGUGUGAGUAGAUGGUUCUAAUCUUCAUCACUGAGUCAGAAAUCUGCGGUUACAUGAACAGCAAUAGUCGUGUUUCAUGUUUUUAAUUCACUUUCUGAAAGAAUUCAUUCCAUCCGUGAGAUGAGUUUUUUGUGAUUCCAUUAACAAGCUGACGUGACCAAACACAGGUAACAAAUUUAGACAAGUAUUGCUGCCUCAAGUUUUGACCUGCAGCGUCACGCUUACAAAUGUUGAAAACAUUUCUCACCUUCCACUGCAUCAGAUCAUGUUGAAGCAGAACUAGAUUUUACUCUUCUUCCUGUUGUUUUAAUGCAAAUGAACAGUGAGCUGAAAGUAUUACUUAAGAUGAGGUUUGGAGCCUCGCCUGGCACCUCGCAAGCAAAUGGCAACUCACCUUCACCCUGGCUCCUCCUGUGUGGGAACUGUUGUGACAACAUGGAUCUGUCAAAUACUUCAUUUCAGUUUGUCGAGCAGCGUACAAUACUGCCGUGCCACUAAGUAGACACUAAAUGUAAAACUGCCUCAAAGCCUCCACCCUUGAUGUUUUAGCUUAAGAGAGGAAAGAUGUUUUUUUUUAAAGGCGAAGUUAACUUUGCAGUGCCUGGACUUGUCUCUGCCUCACCAUGGUCGACGGGUUUGCACGACUUUGAAUAACCAUGUUAGCAGAUUAUGUCGGGAUACAGGACACACUGGGCUGAAGCGUGACUGACGACAACAGUUGACUGUUUUGUUGUGUCCCUGAGUGGUUUUUUGUGUAUCAUGAAUGUGCAUCAGACCUGUAUUGCUAUACUUGUGGGGACCAAUUCUUUUAAAACUUCAUAAUAACUACGUCAUUAUAACUGAGUUUAAGUUUGGUUCCGCUGGGGGGAAGCAUUGUGUCAAUGAGUGGUCACCACAAAGAUAUGAAUACAAACGUGUGUGUUUGUGUGAGAGAGAGCGUCAUUGUGUGUUAGUCAAGCCUGCAUGUUGCUGUCAAGGUCACCCAAGCUAACAGAGUUCACAGUGUUGUCACAGACAUGACCUACUUUUUUGGGUGAGCGGUCUGGAGAGACAGUCACACCCCUCACUCUCACCAUUGCUGCUGUGAUUCACCGCUUGAGAGUGCCCUCACACACUCCCCCGUUGCUUUAGCCAGCAUCUCGCUGCACACCCUGUUCACAUGUCGAAGAGAUUUGAAGUGUCUUUGCUCAGUGGACCGUUUUAAAAGUAGCACACCUGAUGCCAAAUUCAAGCCUUUGUCAACCUGAGAUUGUUUUUCGAAAUAUGAACUUGUAUUCAAGGUGUUGACUUUGAUGUUCUGUGUCAAAAAGGAAAAUAUAAGUUAUUCAAUUGUGAAUCUAAUUUUAAAGAUUGUCAUUUGUUGCCUGUUGCUCAGCAACUCCUGUACAGAGCCUAGUGUUAGGACCACCUACUCGCCACCAUGCUUGUCAAGUUCAGUAAUGGCCGCCUUAUUCAGUGUCGUAGGUUCUUCUGGAAUGUUCAAGGCAAUCGCUCCUCAUCCGUCCGGAUGAGCAAAUGUUUGUGAGAUGAAUUUCUUGAACUGAUUUAUAAAGUGUUUUCU